GUAUUUGUGUUGUUAACAGCCCAAUUCGUUGACUAAUUAGGUAUAAGUACGGAAAUGCCCACAGUACCCGCUUGAGUUCUUGACAGACUUUACUCUUCACCGUUCACUGAGCUUCUUCAUCGUGUUCGUUCAACGCCUUGAAUCAAAUAUGCAGCAGGGUGGAGGAUCUGAGACGGAGGUGACAUGGGAGGACCAGCAGAACAUCAACAAAUUUGGCAGAUUGAAUAACCGGUUUCACGAGCUCGAGGACGAGAUCAAAUUUGCCAAGGAAUCAAAGGAUAAUCUGGAGGAUGCUAGCAACGAGUUGAUUCUGACUGACGAGGAGGUGGUCCGGUUCCAGAUAGGUGAAGUCUUCGCCCACGUGCCAAAAGAAGAAGUGGAGAGCAGGAUAGAAGAGAUGCAAGAGGCGACGAGCAAAAGUUUAGCGAAACUUGAAGAAGAGAAGGAUUCUAUUCUAGCACAGAUGGCCGAGUUGAAGAAAAUUCUGUAUGGAAAGUUCAAGGACUCCAUCAAUCUAGAGGAGGAUUAAAAGCGUGGCUUGUGUUUCCGUAGUUCUGUUUCCCGGAUGAUUUGUGGUUGAUACGAAUUUCGUUAUUGAAUGUUGUUCUGAGAAGGAAUUGUUCACUUAUAUUUUUAAUACAUGAAGAAACUUGUUCCUACCA